CAAUUUUGCCAGCUCCAAGCUAGUGCACGGGACCAGAAGAAUACGUUGCGUUACGGCCCAACUCCGUUGGAGGCUGCUUUCCGCUGCAGCACAACUUGAGGAGAUUCGUCUCAAGAUGGACACGUCGUCGGCUGAAAGGCCAAUAUCAUUCACCGCCGGCUUUGCGACACUGGCACUACUUUAUGUGGUGGGCAACCUCAUCUACAAGCUAUAUUUCGGCCCGCUCUCUCACAUACCUGGACCGAAGCUCAACGCGCUGUCCAGAUUACCAUACAUUCGGCAUCUUCUUAAAGGCACUACCGUCCAGAAUGUCAACGAACUACAUGAGAAAUAUGGAGAAGUCGUCAGGAUCUCCCCGAAUGAAAUCUCGUUCACCUCGAUAGAUACUGCCUGGCCUGAUAUCUAUGGCUUUCGAACAGGCAAGAUGAAGGGCCAUCUUAAUACUCUGAAAGACCCCGCGUGGUAUCCGCCUCCUAUGAAUGGUGCGCCAAGCAUAAUCAUCGCGGAUGAUGACUUGCACUCCAAAGGCAGGAGAGUCUUGUCACAUGCGUUCAGCGAGAAAGCUCUUACCGACCAAGAAGGUCUGCUUCAAGGCUACGUGGAUCAGCUCGUGGAUGGGCUCAGGGAGACCAUCAAGACCAAACCUGUCGCCGACUUGACCAAAUGGUAUAACUGGACGACGUUCGACAUCAUUGCGGAUCUCAUGUUUGGUGAACCUUUCGGCUGCCUUCAGACUGGCGAGACUCAUUGGGUCAUAACAUUACUCUUCGACUCAGUCAAGGCUUUCCGCAUGUUUUACAUCAGCAGAUACUGGCCUUGGGUGAAGUCCCUUGGGAGCAUGAUCAUCGACAAGCGCCUCAUAGCCAAACGAACGGUUUACUUCGCUUGGGUCUCGAAGCAGGUCAAAAAUCGCAUGGAACGCGAUACACAGCGACCAGACUUCAUGACUCUCAUUCUGCAGCAUAAUGGCGAGAAAGGGUACAAGAUGGAGAAAGGCGAACUUGAUUCCAACGCCAAUCUGAUGCUGACUGCCGGCUCCGAGACUACGGCCAGUCUGCUUAGUGGCGCGACAUACUGCCUACUUACCAACCCUGCCGUCCUCCAAAAGUUGACGGAAGAAGUCCGAGGAAAGUGGGCCUCAUACGAUGAAAUCACCCUCCAUGAAGUCAACAGUUCGCCUUACCUAGUUGCGGUUAUGAAUGAAGCCCUUCGCUACUUCCCACCAGUGCCAACAGGAUUCGAGCGUAGAAUCGGCCCUGGAGGAGAGACUGUAUCUGGAUACUACAUCCCCGAGGGCACAUCAGUGUGUGUCUCCCAAUACCCGGCGUAUCACUCAGAGAAGAAUUUCAAGAAUGCUGAGCAGUUUGUGCCGGAGCGAUGGAUGGGCGACGAGGAGUACAAAGAUGAUAAGAGGAGUGGUAUGCAGCCAUUUUCGUUUGGACCGAGGAAUUGCUUGGGGAAGAACCUUGCGUAUGCCGAGAUGCGACUCAUCAUGGCGAAGAUGGUUUGGAGUUUCGAUAUGGAGCUUGAGUUGCAGAGUCGAGAUUGGAUUCAGAGAUGUCGUGUUCACACUUUAUGGGAUAAGCCAGCUCUUAUGGUGAGAGUGACUGAAGCCGUCAGGUAGAUGAUGCAACCACAGGACAUCGAGCGUUCGGAGUCACAUUUACUCAUUUAAAUCGAUUGAUGAUAGCAUACCUAACUGAUAGCGUUCUCUCGUGACAACAGG